GGUUUCAGUUCUCAUUUGCGCAGCUCUCCAGCGUUCUCCUCCCUUUCCGGCCCCAGGCCGAAAAAGCUCUCAAACGGCUUACCUUCUUUUUUCGCCUCCACCGCACUGAUAAACCACGGAAACUCCCGUGAUGUCCGCCCCAAUCCGACCCCCCCAAUGGGUCUCCCACCGCCGUCUCUUCGAGCAGAAGCUCGCUGAACUCCACCACUGCUCCAACCUCCACCACGUCAAGCAAAUCCAAGCCCAAAUCUUCAAGGCCAACCUCCACCGCGACCCCUUCGUCGCCCCCAAGCUCGUCUCCGCCUACUCCCUCUGCCGCCACCUCGCCCCCGCCGUCAAAGCCUUCCGCCUCGUCCCCGAUCCCAAUGUACUCCUCUACAACACCCUCAUCCGUGCCUUCGCCCACAACUCCCAGCUCUCCCACGCCUUCCGCGCCUUCUUCGACAUGCAAAAAGAUGGGAUUUUUCCUGACAAUUUCACCUACCCUUUCCUCCUCAAGGCUUGUUGCGGGCCUUCCGGCCAGUCUGCGCUCGCCCGGAUUGAAAUGAUCCACUCCCAUGUUAUAAAGCUUGGAUUUUUAUCUGAUAUCUUCGUCCCAAACUCGCUUAUUGACUCCUAUUCGAGGGCUGGUAGCGGUGGCGUUGCAUCCGCGAAGAAGCUUUUUGAUGAAAUGCCGCACAGAGAUAUCGUCUCCUGGAAUUCUAUGAUUGCCGGGUUGAUGAGAACCGGAGAACUAAAGGAGGCACGCAAGCUGUUUGACGAGAUGCCUGAGAGGGAUACAGUGAGCUGGAAUACUCUGCUGGAUGGGCAUGCAAAGGCUGGCGAGAUGGAUAAGGCUUUUGAAUUGUUCAAGAGGAUGCCGGAGAGAAAUGUCGUUUCAUGGUCCACAGUGGUCUCGGGUUAUUGCAAGAUGGGUGACAUGGACAUGGCAAGGUUGUUGUUCGAUAAGAUGCCGGUCAAGAACUUAGUCCCUUGGACCAUAAUGAUAUCAGGAUAUGCUGAGAAAGGGCUGGCAAAGGAGGCUAUGAGCUUGCUAGAUCAGAUGGAAGGUGCUGGAUUGGAGCCAGAUGCUGCUGCCAUGGUAAGCAUCUUGGCUGCUUGUGCUGAGUCUGGCUUGCUCCGUCUUGGCAAGAGAAUUCAUGCCUAUGUACAAAGUGGCAAGCUAAGGUCUGCCACUCAAGUGUGCAAUGCACUGGUUGAUAUGUACUCCAAGUGUGGGUGCCUUGACAUGGCAUGGAGUAUCUUCAAUGGAAUGGCCGAGAAGGAUUUGGUCUCUUGGAAUUCCAUGGUUCAGGGACUGGCAAUGCAUGGACAUGGUGAGAAGGCACUGGACCUCUUUGCUCGAAUGAAGAGAGAAGGGAUCAGGCCUGAUGGCAUGACAUUUAUUGGUGUUCUAUGUGCAUGCACCCAUGUGGGGCUCAUUGAAGAGGGUCGAUACUACUUCUCUAUCAUGGAGAGAGACUAUGGCAUUGUCCCCCAGAUAGAGCACUAUGGUUGCAUGAUUGACCUUCUAGGACGUGGGGGACUUCUGAAUGAGGCCUUUGACCUCACAAAGAGUAUGCCUUUAGAGCCUAAUGUGAUUAUAUGGGGCACCCUUCUUGGUGCAUGCCGAGUACACAACAAUGUAUCUCUUGCUGAGAAGGUGGUUGAGAAGCUGGUCAGACUGGAGCCCUCAGAUGCCGGGAAUUAUGCCAUCUUGUCGAAUAUCUAUGCAGCAGCUGGCCGCUGGGAUGGUAUGGCUAAGGCGAGGAUUCAGAUGAAGGGCACCGGGGCACAGAAGCCAGCGGGGUCCAGUUGGAUUGAGCUCAAUGAUAUGGUUCAUGAGUUUACAGUUGGAGAUAGAACACAUCCACAUUCCAAAAGAAUUUUCCAAAUGCUUGAUAGGUUGGGGCAGCAUCUUAAGCAAGUUGGAUAUGUCCCAAGGUCCUAUUUGUAAAUUGUUGGUGCAAGCAAUGGUUAUAGAUACACAAUUUAUGAGUUGGUGAAUGAAAAUUUGCACCAAGAGGAUUUAA